AUGCCCCAAAUGUUUAUGUUCCAACGAUAUGGCGUUACAAGGUUUGAGAAAAACCAAUCUCAUCAAGAAUGUGGCGUGAUCGAUUUCGCACAGUGGAGCCCAAAUCCUCGCAACGAACGUCCUCCUCUAUCGAAAUCAGUAAAUUUGGUGAUCGUUCAGCACACUGCUACAGAAACUUGCUCUGAUGAUGAAUCGUGCAAAGUCAUUUUAAACGGUGUCAGACAUAACCACAUUGAAAAACUUAAAUUCACGGAUAUUGGAAAUUCGUUCUACAUUGGAAAUGGAAAGGUUUACGAAGGCGCUGGGUGGAAUAUUGGUGCGCACACACGAGGAUUCAAUGACAAGUCCAUUGGAGUGUCCUUCAUUGGAGAUUUUAGAGAUACACCUCCACCUAACGAAGCGUUGAAAGCUGUUCAAGAUUUUCUCUCAUGCAGUAUUAAGAAUGGAAAUUUGGAUGAAAAUUACAAACUGGUUGGGCAUGGUCAGUUGUCCCCAACUAUAAGCCCUGGUGCUAAGCUUCAGGAGGUUAUAGAGACUUGGGAACAUUGGCGAGAUAAUUUGUUAUAA